AUGGCCGCCGCCCUCGCCUCGCUACAGGCCGCCAUCGAGCGCAUCAUUCUCGACCCCAAGUACCAUGGCCUCCUCACCAUUGUCAAGGGCGCCCGCAACGGCGCCGUCUACGGCGCCAAGGUCCGCUUCCCCCAUGCCCUCGUCAUGGUCUUCCUCUUCCGCUCCGGCUCCAUCCAGCAGAAGAUCCAGCUGGUCUACAAGGCCACCCGCCAGCACGCCACAAACCUGGCAAAGUUCGCCACAAUCUACAAGACAACUUGUUACCUGCUCAAGACUUUCGGCCCAACGCCAGGAAAGGAGGGGACAUAUGACACUUUUAUCGCCGGUCUUCUCGGCGGCUACUUUGUCUUCGGCGGCCGAUCCCCCAGGACAGGCAAGAUCUCCUCGGUCAACCAGCAGAUUGUCAUCUACGUCUUUGCGCGCGUGGUCCUUGCCCUCGCCCGCCUCGCCGUCAAACCAGGGCACGGCCUCCCUGUCGUCUCGGAGCCCGCGCGGUCGGCCGUGAUCAACAAGUACGCCUGGCCCGUCUUUGCCGCGACCAGCUGGGCCUUUGUCAUGCACCUCUUCCGCCACCACGCCGAGGAGCUCCAGCCCAGCUUGCGCAGCAGCAUGAACUACAUCUACCUGCAGAGCAACGAGUGGGAUUCGCUGCGCAACCUGCUCUGGCACAAUCAGUAG